ACUAGCUGCAGGGCACGCCAAAAGGAACGGGUAGCCGAAUCUCGAGCAGCCGUUGCCGGCCUGCGGAAUAUCGCUUUGAGGCUAUCGCCACGCAAGGCCACGAAGAGGACCGAUUCGCUGGCCGACCUGACGCCUCCAAGGCGGACCGCGCCAGCGUCUUCGUCUGUAAAGAGCAUAUCGCUUGCUGCCACCACGCCUGUUCUGCUCCGUGAUCUGGUGCCCGCAUUUCCAGAACUUCCUAUACCUCGGCUGGGGCCAUUUACCCCAACUGUGGUCGAUGACCCCUCCUCCUUUGCUCUUGAGCCCGGCCUGCCAACAGUAGUUCUGGGCACGCCGAUUCCUCGAAGCACUCAGUCUACGACUCCUGUUGUUGUGCUAAGUACACCUAUACCGCCACAGGCUCGUCGUCGUGGCCGCUAUGCCCGUCAAAGUUCACAGCCUCAAGAGCGACAGUUUGAUCAGAUAGUCGAUCCGCCUUUUACCGGGGACCUCAACCUGCCUGCCCUCAGUAAGGAAGAUCAAGGCCUUGGGCAGCAGUUCUAUACUGCCUUGAAUGAUGACAAGAUGCAAAGCUGCCCCCGUUGCCAAGAG